AGUAACCUCAUAACAAAAACAUAACAGUAAAAUUUUCAAAAUAAAUAAUCUUUAUAAAUACCAUAUAGAUUAAGAAGUUAGAAAUCGUUUCGAAUUUUGUUUUAAUUUGAGUAUUUUGAGCAUCAUUACUGAGCCAGAGAGCUCCACGGCAAGGCCUUCUACAGCAUAAUACAUCUAUUAUAUAUUCUUUGGAGGGUUCUACUACAAAGUGGAAGUUCUGAAUGAUUUUUCAUUAAUCUCAUGAAACAUUGUGUCAUUUAAAGAAGACACUGGUUUGAAAAACUAAAUCUUAAUUUAAGAUCUCAUUAUGGAAGCUGGACCAUCUACCUCGAAUACAUUUCCUGAUUUCAGUACUACAGAAUGGGCGCAAAAAUGCAAUACCAUAACAGAAGCACAUGAAUUUGAAUUUUUUAUUCUUCAACGUUUAGUGGAAGAGGAUGCUUUAGUUAUUGCUGCAAAGGGUAUUAAUAUGCACAAUGUACUGUUAUAUUUCAUGCAACUUUAUUGUGAUGAAGGAAAUUUGGUAUUUGUGAUAAAUGCUACAGAACAUGAAGAAAAAUACUUCAUUGAAAAAGUUAAUAAUCCAAAUAUACACAACAAUCUCAACACUGCUACCACUUCAGAUAAUAGGGUGGAUAUUUAUUUAUCUGGAGGUAUACAUUUUGUUAGUACUAGAAUAUUAGUUCUUGAUAUGUUAAAGAAAAAAAUUCCUAUUGAAAAAAUAACUGGUAUCAUUCUAUUAAGAGCUCAUAAAAUAUUGGAAAGUUGUCAGGAGGCUUUCGUAUUAAGGUUAUAUAGGCAAAGUAAUAAGACAGGUUUCAUAAAAGCUUUCUCAAAUAGUCCCCAAAGUUUUACCAUGGGAUUCGGACAUGUGGAGAGAAUAAUGAGAAAUAUUUUCGUUAAAGAAUUAUACCUCUGGCCUAGAUUUCAGUCUCUAAUCGUAAAUAAUUUUAAAAGAAACGAGCCUGUUGUUAUAGAAUUGCAUGUUCCAAUAUCAGAAAAUUUUGUAAAAAUUCAAACAUAUAUAUUAGAAUUGAUGAAUCUCACAGUCAAGGAAUUGAAAAGAAUAAAUAAAUCAGUGGAACUAGAGGAAAUCACAACAGAGAAUUGUCUGACCAAAAACUUCCAUAAAAUUUUGCAAGCACAACUUGAUCUCGUUUGGAAUCAACUAAGUUCAAGAAGUCGACAACUCAUAUCAGAGUUGAAAACUUUGCGUCAUUUAAUAAUUUCAAUGUUUAAUUGUGACCCAGUAUCUUUCUAUUCACUCCUGUUGGAAUAUCGUAAAGCAGAAUAUGCACUUAAAAAUAAUUGGGUGCUCCUUAAACCAGCUGAGUUACUAUUUUCUCGUGUUAGUUCCUUGAUUUUCACCGGAGAUAGAGAAUUCAACCCUGAACUCUGUCCUAAAUGGCUGUCGCUCAUCCAAAUAUUGAAGGUUGAAAUACCUCAAAAUAUAUUAAAAUCUAAUUAUACAAAUAAUAAAAUUCUUAUCCUUUGUUCUGACAGAAAGACCUGCUAUCAGUUGAAUGAGUUGUUGAGAAAUGGACCUCACCAUUACUUGCUAUUCAUGGCUCUCAAAAAAGGAAUAAGUUUCAAAUCUGUAUCUGAGAAAUUCAAAAAUGUUGGUGGUUUGGAUGUUGCUGCACAAGAAGAACCGGAUCAAAAGACUUCUAGGAGAAAAAAAUUAAAAGGUGACGAGAAGAAUGAAGAUGUCAAGAACAAAGUUUCAGACGGAACUGAAAAUCCGGAAGAAGUAGCCGAGUACAAGGAAUCCUAUAUUUUAACCAUGUCCCAAUCAAUGAUGGUUGAUGAGAGUAUAAGGAGUAAUAAAGAUGAGGAUUCUUCUAUUUUUGAACCUUUUUCACAACUCGAAAAUAUUGAUCUAACACAGUUAGCUCAAGGUGAACAACAAACUCCUACCAUAAUAAUCCAAACAUUCAAAGGUGCAGAAAACUACAUAAGCUUAGAAAGGACAUUGGAUGUAAUAAGUCCCGAUUAUAUCAUCAUGUAUCACAGUAAUAUUACUGCCGUUAGAGAAAUUGAGAUGCAUGAGAAUCGCAGAAAAAGAGAAAGACCACUAACAACAUAUUUUCUGAUAUAUGCAGGUACAGUUGAAGAACAGAGCUUUUUAACAUCGUUGAGAAGGGAAAAAGAAGCUUUCGAAUUUCUUAUAGAAACAAGAUCUAAAAUGGUUAUUCCAGAAGAUCAAGAUGGGAAAUCAGAAAGUUGUAUGAAUUUGCAAAAUAUCAAUAGUCAGAUGCUGGAGAGGAGUACAAGAAAAGGAGGUAGAGAGGAAGAAGUUAAAAGUCAGCAUAUAAUUGUAGAUAUGAGAGAAUUCAGAAGUGAGCUGCCCGUUUUGAUACACAAGAGAGGUAUCCAUCUAGAGCCAUUUGUUAUUACUGUUGGAGAUUAUAUUUUAACAACUGAUAUCUGCGUCGAAAGGAAAAGCAUUUCGGAUUUGAUAGGAUCGUUGAAAUCUGGUAGACUUUACCAGCAGUGCACUCAAAUGUCUAGAUAUUAUAGCAAGCCCAUGUUGCUCAUUGAAUUUGAUCAGAAUAAAGCAUUUUCUUGGCAGGUAAAUAUAAAAAAAUAUUCUGUUCGAGAGAAAUUAAUUUUUAAAUAUAUUUUAAAGAAUUAUUCAUCCAGUCUUGAAGGAUAUAGCUUAGAACAAGUCCAACAGAAACUCCUCUUAUUAACUAUUCACUUUCCCAAACUUCGAUUGAUAUGGAGUCCAAAUCCUUACGCUAGUGCACAGCUUUUUGAAGAACUUAAGCAAAAUAAAGAACAGCCAAAUAUAGAAUACGCAACAAAUAUUGGAGAUGAACAGGAUAUCAACAUAAUUGAAAGCAAAUAUAAUUCUGGAAUUUACGAUUUUGUUAGGAAGUUGCCAGGUAUUAAUUCGAAGAAUAUUGAUACUUUCUUGAGACGUGUGAAGAAUAUGAAGAAUGCACUAAAGCUUACAGAGGAAGAAUUGAAAGAUAUAUUAGGAAAUGCAAGUGAUGCAAAAUCUUUUUACACAAGUUUACACACAGAACAUUCUGCAGAUGAUGAUACAGAAAGUAAAAAAGGAAAGAACAGAUUCAGAAAAGAAUUCAGAUCGAAAUAAAUGAUCUAGAUAG